GCAUAGUAAACGACGCGUGACCACACCCAGGCGACGUCAUUGUCUUACACCCUCUCUUUUAGGCCCCUUGUACGUGGUACGACGACUACAGUUGUCUCACUACGACCCACUCCUCACGAACCAUCAAGACAAGUCAUAACACCAAGACCACCACAAUGGCCGGCGGCGACGAUCUCAGCAAGAAGGAAGUCAACAUUCUUCCCCACGACACCCAGAAGGACGAGCAAAAGAACGCCAACAACCCCCUCAACAAGCUCGCUGAUAGUGCCAAGGCCACGUUCGAGCAGGCGUCAAAGGCCAUGCCCGGUCCCGCCAUCUCGCAGAACAUCGGUGGCGAGGAGGGCACCAAGGAGGAGCGCAGGGCCAAGGCUGAGGCGCUCAACAAGUGAAGGGAUGGACAAACAGGGGAAUGGAUGGAAUGAUUGCAAUGACUGAAUGAUACACAUACACAUAUAUAAUUGAACUGUUUUGACAAGUA